AUAGUGUUGAUCAGUAGAACUCUGGUUCGCUUCAGAACAAAGUUUAAGAAUGAAUCAAGUUUUAAAGCCAUCAUCACGCUGUGUUAGUUUAACGGUGUAAAAAUCCAGGAAAUUCACCAAAUUAUGUUUUUCAUAUAUUUAUUAAAUUGAAAAAUGGCGUUAUUUGAUUUACUAGCAAGUAAUCGCACAACAGAACAAAAAUUGAUUGAUGCUGUUUCAUCAAAUGAUGUUGAGCUUUUAAAGACUUUGUUUGAAGAUGGAGUUGAUCUGAAUAAAAAAGUGUACAAGUUUGGGGGUGAUACUGUCCUACAUCUAGCUGCCACGCAAGGAAAAACAUUAGCCAUACAGUAUCUGAUAGACGCAGGAAUGAAUUGUGAGCAGCCAAAUGAUUCAGGCAGAACACCGCUAUCCAAUGCAGUACGUUCUAGCCAGAUUUCAGCAAUAAAAUUGUUAUUAAUGCAUUGUAAAUCUGAUCCCUGUCUGGAAUAUCUUUGGAUUUAUAAUCAUGAAGGUGAAAUAUUUAUACCAGAAAAUGUAAAUCUUCGAGCUAUAGAGAUUAUUUCAGCACCAAACUUAUUGUUUCAGAAAUGUCCCUUAUUAAAAUCUUCUUAUUGGGAUCAGUUUUUUAAAAAAUGUUGUAAUGAAAUACACUUAAAUCACAAAAAUAUAAAAUUACUGUUCAUGACAGGAUUCACAUACCCUGAUCCUGUAUUUAUAGAAUAUGAGAAAAAAGUUGUAAACAGAAUUGAAAAUAUUGAAAAUGAUGGGAUAUGGAGUUUUUUGCAAGACAAUGUAAAGGAGGAGCUGAAACAGAAGUUAAACGAGAUUCUAGAAAUGUUACAGAACAUGAAGAAAACUCCAUUACCUCUGACUAAUUUGUGUAGACUCACCGUAAGGUGGAGCUUUUGGAACAAAUGUAAUGUUUAUUACGGAACACAGCAACUCCCUCUUCCAACAAGUCUGAAGAAGUUCAUAGUCUUUGAUGGGGAGUAUUGAAUCAUUAGGCUGUCUAGAAUGUCUGCUCAUCACAUAUUCAAUUUCCUGAAUAAAAGUCGCUCUCCGAAACACAAGCUUCGUGAUGCCGUGAAAUCUAAUGAUAUCGAUUCACUGAAUGAACUUCUCAUGCAAGGUGUUGAUCCAAAUAUGAAAAUUGAAAAGUCUGGUGGUAAUAGACCAAUACAUAUAGCUGCCACUUUUGGAUAUUACAGGAUUAUUGAGCUUCUUAUAAAUGCUGGAGCGACAUGUAACUUGCCAAAUGGUAAUGGCGUAACUGCUUUAUAUAAUGCUGUGCGUUUUGGGCACCCUCGUGCCCUUCAGACAAUCUUUAGACAUUCACCCCAAAUACUUGGUCUUGAUCAGUUGUGGUUCGAAGGAGGUUUUGUCCAUGCUUUAUUACGGUGUAAGUGUGGCCCAAUCGUAUCAACUUUGUUAAUUGCAUCGCCAAAUCUUAGAAUGUCACGGUCAAACUUGUGGAGAAAUAUGCUGGAUGUAUGUGUUAAUCGUGUUCCAGAUAUUACAAGCAUACAACUACUAUUUCUAACUGGAUACAGAAACUCGGACAAAGAAUUUGUGUCCUUUGAGAUAGAAAUAAUGAAGACUUUGCAAACACUGGAAAAUGAGUUUCAUUGCUGGGAGACUAGUGAAAGGUAUGAAGAUGAUGCAGUACAGGUGUUACGACAAGCAGUCGACUUCAUUACUGACUUUAAACGCAAUCCUCAGUUUCUGAAGCAUCACUGUAGACUGACAAUUAGGUCCAGUUUUUAUAACAAGUGCAAUGUUUAUUAUGGUGUUGAACAACUGCCUUUACCAAAAGAUCUGAAAAAUUACCUUGUGUUUCAUGGAAAACUUUAAUCCUUUGUAGGAAUCAAGUUGUUAGUAAAAAAUGGGAUUGGUUAAAUACCAGAACAAAGUUGUUCUCUUGUAAUUUGUAUUAUAGAUUAAUCAUAUAUUUAUUUUGAUUCAUCAAACAGUCAUUUGUGUUACAAGAAAUGACAAAGUUAUACAUGUAUGGUGAACAAAUGUUGUGGUGCUAACACUUUCAAUCAUUACUUGAAAUUCAUGAAAAGGCGUGAAGAUUUUUAAUAAACAUUAAUUUCUAUGUCCAAAUUUAAAAAAACAAUCUGUUAUAUAUGUCUCAUUCAAUCAUUUAAUUAUUGCACAAAUUUGAUCUAGAGACUAAUUUUUUGGCAUUAACCUGAAAAUGAUAAAUUUAAGUCCCGCCUUUCAGCCCCUUCUAUCUAUCUUUGGUAUGGACCUCAAACAAUAGUGUAUUAUGGUAUUUUGGUCUAACCUAUGCUACAAAACCUAACCAUGUAAACAAGUAGGUAGUAAAUAUUUUGAGUUGUUGACUAAGUUUAUUUCAUUAUAUUGUGUAAAAGUCCACCAAAAUUAAGUAAAUUUAUAAAUAUAUAAGUAAACCAUUUAGGCAUGUUUACAUUGAUUUUACUUGUCAGACAUAUUUGUCAAUAUUACUGAAAUAUUAUUUUCCUUUGUAUGUGAAGUAAAUAUAUUCAGUAUUCACUAUACAAAGAUCAAACACCGUUAGUUUUUGUUUACAUCUGAAGUAUUGUGGUAUAAUUAUGUUGUGAUUGCUUAUUCUAUCAAGGUAUAAAGUCACACACCUUGCUUAUUUAAUAAUUUUAAUUACAGUUCCAAUUUAAUGAAAAUAGUGUUUUGUUCAUUUAUAAUACAUUAUUAUGCCCCCCUUCAAAGAAGUGGGGGUAUAUUGCUUUGAAUUUGUCCGUCAACCAAAUGGUUUCCGAGUGAUAACUAAAGAACGCUUAAGCCUAGGAACUUCAAACUUGGUAUGAUGAUUGUUCAUGACCAGUUGAUGACCCCUAUUGAUUUUGGGGUCAUAAGAUGACCUCAGUGGAUUUUUUGGCUUUAAGAGGUCAGAGGUCAAGAUUUGAAAUAACUUUGUCAUAAAAUUGCUGCACACAACCUUUGCGGUCACAAUUACCUAGUGACUAGUCUUGACCAGUAAUUAACCCUUAUUGAUUUUUUGGUCACUAGGUCAAGUCAGUCAAAAUAAACUGAUCACAUGACUAAUUGGCUGCCGAUAGGGGGCAUACAUGUUUUACAAACAUAUCUUGUUUUUUUAUUGAUGUGGUACACAAGAUUGUACUUAGAAAAAAAAACUUGUUUGUUAUACUGAACUAUGGCUUUGAGUCUCAGAGGACCUGAAAGUAGAGGUUACUGAAGAUACUGUAAGGUUCGACUCAGAAUAUUGACUUUUAUAACAGGAUCUGGUUAAUAUCAAGGUCAAAUUUGAAGGUCAACAGUUUGAGUUAAAUGAUGUAAUAAAAAAUUCUUAAUUAUGAAAGUGACAUUAUAGGAAUAUAAAUCAACUUCAGCAAAUUAUUGUUUGCUAUUGCAAAGUAACUAGUUGGUAUUUCUGAAAGAUUUGUUCAGUCUU